AAUUAUCUGUUUUAUACGUGUUAAACUUGUUACUAAGUAAAGUCGGCUUCAUCUUUAUCGCAGUCUUGUUACAGCGUCGCUGAUUAUAACCGUACAACAGUUCUACCUUAAGCUAGUGUCGAUCCGAUAACAAUUUUCCCGUUUUAAUAAAAAAAAUUCUCAUCCCUCGCAAGAUUGGAACCUGCGACUGACUGAUCUUUCACUCCGGUAGGUUACUUAACCCAUUAGUCUGGACAGAUUAUCGAAGAAUAGGCCGUUUUUGGGAAAAGUUAUUUACCAGCAAUUUUAUUUCUGGAGUCGAAUCUUAUGACUGUAUAUAUUAAUAAUAUAGAUUUAAGAAGAUGCAAGAAAGGUCCCCUAUACCGCACAAAAAGAUAUGUUUCACCGUUUUUAUAGUUUCUGGUCUUAUUCUAACUGUAUUCUAUUGCGAUAAUACUAUUCUUAACUAUGCAGCACCUUUUGCUGCAGAAGAGAUUGCUUUUGUGGAAGUUCAAAACGAAACCACCGCCGACGCACAAAUCAUUUCUAGCACUACCACCAAAUCAGCAGAUGUGUCUGAAAAGCUAACAUUUUCAGAGGAUGUUAACACUUCGUAUAAAAAUACAACUAAUUCCAUACUUCAACCUGUAACCAAUACAUCAAACACCACAGCUAAUAUAUCCACCACAAGUAUUAAUUUUAAUUUAAGUACAAACACUUACUCGACACAUACAAUUACAAAGAGUACCAUUAGUACUACUCCCAGUGCUAUCUUGGAAAAUCUUAGUACUGAUGACACCAUCUUGGAAGGUUUAAGUACUGAUGACACUAUCUUGGAGAGUUUAAGUACUGAUGACACUAUCUUGGAAAGUUUAAGUACUGACUACACUAUUUUGGAAAGUUUAAGUACUGACUACAUUAAAGCAAUGACUACUCGUACCUCUCUAUUAAAUUUAACUACGUUACCCCCUUCAGAACCCGAAUAUCUGGUAUCAAGUCCUAAAUGCAAAAUCCCCAACUACGAUCCUUUCAACAAAGAUGCAAAACGAUUUUACCACAAGCAGAAAUACAAACCUUGCAAUAACAAAAAACUCCUUACAUACGUGACAGUUAAAGACAAUAUCGCAACUCUCCACGUUGACACCGAAAGCGUUCCGUCCUAUACUAGUAAUGGAGUCACUUGUUGCUAUUCGAAUAUUACUCGAGUUAACUACAACAAAGAUCCGGAUAAGAGAGUUAAACGAUCAACUUGUAAGUACUUCAAUGGCAAAGUUACCAUCUUCCGAGAUCCAGUCUACGUGAAAUGUCUGGAUAAAGAAAGGAGACGCCAGGUAUACGAAAACGUCCACGCAGCUACAAUAAUCGACGAGACGAUCCAGAAGAAACUUGAGAGUUUUGACAAUACAACAAAUCCGUUCAGCAUCCUUUUUAUAGGAAUCGACAGUAUAUCCAGACUGAAUUUUAUUAGAAUCUUGCCCAAUACGCAUAAAUUUGUUGAAGAAAAUGGAUGGAUUCCUCUAAAGGGGUAUAACAAGAUGGAUGACAAUACCUUUCCCAAUCUCAUGGCUAUUUUAACAGGUUUUAAUAACAGUAGAGCUUACCAAGUGUGUAGUCCCAAAACCUUAGGAAAAUUAGAUGAAUGCCCUAUGAUUUGGUACGAUUUUAGAAAAUUAGGUUUUAUUACUGGUUAUGCAGAAGAUUCUGCGUCGAUAAAUACAUUUAAUUAUAGAAAAGUUGGUUUUACCAAACCCCCCGUGGAUUAUUAUUACAGACCUUAUAUAUUAGGCACAGAAAAUUUACACAAGGUUAACAAAGAUGGAGUCGUGUAUUGCACAGGUCCAGAAACAGCUGGAGAACGAAUAAUGAAUGCAGCUAAAGAUUUUGCGACAACUUUUAAAAAUUACCCCAGUUUUGGCUUUUUCUGGAUGAACUCCUUUAGCCAUAAUGAAGUUAAUAGUCCUUCAGGCAUGGAUCAUAAAGUAAAACAUUUGUUACAAGAUAUAACAAAUGAAGGUAUUACAAAUAACUCAAUAGUUAUAUUUCUUAGUGAUCAUGGAAUGAGAUUUGGAGAUAUAAGACUCACAGAUACUGGAUGGUUAGAGGAAAGAUUGCCUUUUAUUUAUGUGUCCUUUCCCAGCUGGUUUAAAGAAGGAUUUCCUAAAGAAUAUGAAAAUUUUAAAAUUAACUCGAACAGAUUCACGUGUCCCUACGACCUUCACAUGACUUUAAAGCAUAUUUUGGCCUUGUCUGGUCGUGAUUAUAAGAUCACCCCAGGUGAAGCGUGCCCAAAAUGCAAGUCCCUAUUUGAAGAAGCAGAUGCAGAUCGGUCUUGUGCAGAUGCUGCCAUAGACCAACACUGGUGCACCUGUGCGGGAUACAAACAAAAAACCUUGAGUAAAGAACUAAAAGCUAAACUAGCAAACUUCACGCUUAAUGUAAUACACGAUAUUAUUCGUUCAAGAAAUAGUGAUCACAGAUGUGCCAAAUACUCCCUCUCUAAAGUACUAGAUGUUAGAAUAUCCCAAAAUUUCUCCGCAAAAAACGACUCUUAUGUGCUCUUACAAUUCCAAACUAGCCCCAAAGCUAUAUUUGAAACUACGGUAGGUUAUAUCGGUGAUAUAAAUACUUCAAAUUUUUCUCUGUCUGGUGAUAUUAGUAGAUUAGAUAGUUAUAGUGAACAUAGUAAAUGUGUUAGUGAUGCAUAUCUUAGAAAAUAUUGUUACUGCCGUUCUAAUGGUGAGAAAGUAUGAAACGUGCCUUAAUUUCAGAUAAUACCUGAAUUGUUUAUAGAUCUAAUAAAUUAUUUUCUAUUACUUUA